AUGUUGUCUGAUAAGAGCGCCUCCUUUUACCGUAAGAACAGUCCUUCCAAGGAUCGUGGCAGUGCUAUUGUAAUUCCCAAUAUUCCCAAGGUUACAGAUGAACGGGCACGUAUGAAAUUACUAUCUGAUUAUGAUAGAUACGAACAGGAACUCUUUAAACACCAUAUUGGAACACCAGAUACCACAUGUACAAUAGGUCUUAAACUCGUUCCUUCCAAUUUUGAUAGACGCUUGCCAUCACAGAAUGACCCUACAAAUGCAGAGACGGAGUUAGAAGCACGUAGACGACUCAAACGAAUGGAGAAGAGAGCUUCUAGAGGUUCCUUCGCCGCACUAUCAUCAUCCAGGACGGACGUUCCUGCCGCGAGACGUCCAGUCGCGGAUGCCCAAAUGUCAGUCUCCACCGCAACCGGAACAGGAAUCACUAGUGCAUCUCAAACGCCAAACCCGCGGGUAUCAACACAACCAGCUGUAGGUGUUCCUAUCCCAGAACACGUUCUUCCACCCACUUCUCGCUCAAAUAAGUCUGCACGUGGAGGAGGAGAGGGAAGAGGCUCCGUGACGUUGUCUACAGCUCAACCCACACAAGGGGCAAGUCCAGCAGUGGAAGGAAAGGCACAGGAUAGUCCACUCAGUUCAACGUUUCCUAAAGGAACUCCACAACGAUCCAAGACACAGAGGUUAACGGCAACAGUAACACCACCAGAACCAGAACCACAACCACAACCACCACAGAAGCAUCAGCAGAAACAACCGCAAAAACAACAACAACCGCAGAAACAACAACAACAACGUCAACAAAAUAGAGUUGAGGAACAUACUCCAGUAAAGAAGGAAACUAAGACGGUAGGAACUGUACCUCGACCUCCAGUACAGUUUCUUAAAAGGGAUCUCUCAUUAAAAUCUCCAGAUGCAAUGUUUGCAGCAAAAAAUGACUCUGCAUUAACUGCAGAACGCUGUGGUGAAUUACUCCGAGUUUUAAUUAAUACUCCACCUGAAUUCUGUGAGUCCUUUCAUCUUGAUUUGCGCCAUAUUGAUUUGGGGUGGAUGCGAGGUUCACGUUACCCAAGUUCUCUUGUGACACUGCAUACAUGGCGUUCCAGUGCCGCUUCCGAUGGAAUUGGUCCUGGUUCUAGUAAUAGUGGAGGUAUACUACCUCUUAAUUCCCCACGUUCUGUUCUUGUUCUCUUAGGUAAUGGAGUUGUGAUGAAUGAUUUAAUUCCACAAGAAAUCCAUGAUGAUGAUCCAUUAUUACCAAAAGACCCAGAAACACGUAAUUAUGUGAAACGAAUGCGUUUGGAGUGUCAUGCUCGUGCUCGAGAAAAUUUACUUCAAAGUUUACGUAGUGAUUACGCUGUACUUUGCCGUAGAGUUAAUUUACCAGAUAUCUUGAAGGCUUACCAAGAAGACAAAAGGCGAGAAAUCACGGUGGAACUUCCCUCAACUAUUAAAGAAGGUCAUGAAAGACGAAAACGCAUCUUAGAAACUGAAAGGAAAAGGAUGGAAAAACAAUUAGCUUUUACAAAAGAUGUUCAUUAUCGUCAACUAAUAGCUGAACAGCGACAACGUCAGUUGGAAGAAGAUGCAAAAGCAAGAAUUGAGCAAAAAAGACAAGAAGAACAAAUAGCACAUCAACGGGCUGUAGAACGUCUCGCAGCACAGAAACAGAAGGCGGCAGAGGCAGAAGCACAAUACCAAAGAGAUUUACAAGAACGACUACAACGGGCUGAAGAAAAGAACGCCAGACGUAUUGAAGCUCAACAACGAUUAUAUGAACGCCGUCGUGAAGAACGACAGAAGUUAGCAGAAGAGCGUCAGUUACGGUUUGAGCGCCGAGUGGAGGUACAAGAGCAACAAAAACUACAAGCCCAACAUAAACGUGAAGAAAAGGAAGAAAAGAUAAGAGUCAUGCGAGAGGAACAAGAGCGUAAACGACAGGAAAUGCAUGAAAAGUUGGUAGAAAAGGCCGCUAAAUCAAUGGAACUGCGGGAGUCGGUUCGUCAACGGGCAGCGAUGCAGGAAGAACGGGUCCGGCAGGCGGCGAUGGAGCAGCAACGCAAAGUGGAAGAACGACUGUUGCGAUUCCAACAAAGCCACGAAGCGGCACGGGCCGAACGUCUUCGACAGGAAGAGGAAAAACGAGAACGUCUCAAGGAGGCUUAUCAAGCGGCGGCGAAUAAACUCGCGGCGGUGAGAGAGGAAAUCCUUGAAAAGGACGCACAACAUGAGAAGAACUUUAAUGAACUACAACAUCAGAGACAAGUGGAGUCUCUGACAAAGCGGGAACAUGAACGGGAAGUGAUGGAGGCAAAGGCUUUUGCAGUACUCCGUAGUAAACGGAUGACGGAGUUUGAGAAACUUGAGACAGUAUUACAACUUCUUAAAAAACGUGAAGUGGCAAUGCAUUUGGAUAAACAACGUGAGUUGCUUUUAGAGGAAACACGCAAGAGUCAUGCUACUUUACUCUCAGAAAGAAAUGCCCUUAAGCAAGAGAUAAAACGUCAGAAGGAACUCACAGGGUGA